AUGAUUAAUAAAUCGCUGUUUACUCAUUUUGUCAAUAGGCCAUUCUGGUUUCUGGAUGGGAAAAGAGCCGAGACAGAUAAGGAUGGAGAUCCAUUUUUUUCUGAACGCCUUCAGUACCUCUAUCAGAGAUACUAUAAGUCGAGCCCAGUCAAUGCCGUCUGGUGGAGAAUGGUCACCCUCGCUCUUGCUAACCUGAAGGACGACUGCGAACCCAAGUGCCCUCACGAUAGGCCUCCUUAUGAUUUUGGAGAGGAGAAUCGCGACCGACAGGCGAAAAUAGCAGAGCACUUGGCGGACCAGCUUUUAGCAGACAGCCUAUUCCAACUGCUGCUCAAAAAUCUAGAUAGUGCAGAAGAAAAGACUCAACGUCGCAACCGUUUGGCCACAGAGUUCAAACUUGGUGCGAAUUACCUUACCGCGCAUGAGGUUACUCUGGGUGGAAUGGUAAAGCUUCAUCAACUGCCUGAGUUAGAGCAGUUUGACCCCUCUACAGGAAUCAUGUUCUCAGCCUGGGUCCAUUCAGUUGAGCGCAAGGAUUCGCAAAUUGUACCUAAGCCUCAUGGCCGAGUGAUUCUCGUCCUUCAACCUGGAGUAUACCGUUACGACCUUCCCAACAAAUUCGUACCGUAUUAUCAGCAUAACAAUCUCGUUGAACCUCCGGACGAUCUUGACUCCCACCUGGUUUGCAAGGCUGAGGUUGUGGUGGAAGCAGUCAAGGCCAGCCUAUCUGACGCAAACCAACCGGACCCCAAUGAUCGAGAUAUCAGGUCUAAGUUCGACGACUAA